UUUAGACCACUGAGGGCCCUGUGUAGGUAACCAAACCCCAACCCUCUCCACACAUACGCACAAACACACGUCAGACAUCAAAACAAACAGGGGCACGCAAAACCAAAACACAUGCUACACAACUCUCAAAUUCAUCAUAUACACACUUGUGCAUUGGCUCACAAGGGACCAAUCCAGACUAAACCACACCUACACACUCUUGUUGCUCUGGAUUGUCACAAUCAGCUCUUGCAGGCGAGGUGGAGUGGGGAUACGAGCUUCGCAUGACUCAAAGGCCUCUUUGUUGGGACCGUGCUUAUAAACCCAACCCAUACCUCUAAGACCCUCUGCACAGUGCUCAGCUACUCUCUGUCCUGUCCACACCUCUGUUCAGUGACUUGCCUCCUACAUCAUGAGAGCAGCUUGCAGGGCCUCCAUCCUGCUGGCUUGUUGGGUUUGGGCUGUCCAUGCCCAAGCUCAGACUAGCCACAGCAUCAGUAAACAAGACAACAGCAACCAGGGCAACGUAACAACCAGCCAGUCAACCAGCAUCAAGCAGCACCAGCCGGAACCUCAACAAAGAAGCAGCAUCUUGGACGAGCCGAUCCGCUUCAGUACCAAAGCCCAAGAUGCUUGCACAAUGGUGAUCUCAGGCCAGGGAGACUUCACCAAGCUUCGGGUCUCCUGCAAGAACAAGGGCAAGUCCUACUGGUGCGACUAUCUGGGAAAGCCCAACCUGUGCCGGCCCUACAACAACAACCCACGCCACUACUUCACCCAGAUCAUGUGGGAGAUGCGAAAGAUCUCAAACGCCUGCCAGGGACUCCGGACGUACAAGCCCCAGAUGUGCCGCUCGGCCGUGGACGAAGCCCAGAUGGUGUUCCACAACUCUUGGCCCAAGACAUUCACCCCCCGGCCAGCCCAAGCUUCACAGGACCGUGUUCAGACCCAGCCGAAACAACCACAGCCUUCCAAGACUGGCGCCACCUCCAAGCCACCAACACCACCCAAAGUGCUUCCUAAGCCACAACAGCCUGCAAAACCAGUCAGCAAACCUGGUCCCAAACCCGUCCAACCUCGCAAACCCACCAAAAGCACUACACCAAAACCCACUGCGGAGGCAGAGAGCCGGGCAAACAAACUAGCAGAGGAGUACUGCUGGAGAAGCCUCCAAGGCAUCUGUGCCUACUUCAUUGGAUGGUUCCAGAACUAAGUAUCUACUUACACAGGCCUGCAGGAUAGGAGACCUUUUGAGUCUUUCAGACCACCAGCCAAGGCCGUCCCCCGGGACCUGGGCAACUGUGUGUGCGUGCAUAUGUAUGUUCG